AUGUUGUCAUCUAAGUCGUUAGUCAUCACAAUCAAUAUCUUUCUUUUUCUGAUAAUUCAAUCAACGCUUAUUAAUUCCUUUCCUUCAACUAAACAAGAGAUUGUUUCUUUAACUGAUCAAGAGGUUGUUGGCAGUUUAUUAACUGAGCAAGAUAUUGAUUCUUUCAAUGGACAGGAUACUCCUUUAUUUGAACAAGAUAUUGGUACAUUUUAUUGUCAAAACGGAUCAAGUCUAGAAUGUUGCCCCCUCCUAGCUCGUCAAUUUGCUUCGAAACAUCAUUCACGUGUCGCCACAAUUGUUCUCAUUAAUAAUAGCGGUCAUGAUAUGGAAAUGGUCGUUGCCAGUCUUGAAAGUGGUCGUUGGAUUACAUCAAAUGAUAACAAAUACAAAAUUAGCUGUGAACCACAAAUCUACCCUCUUGAAAAUGGUCAGGCAGAGGCAUUUUCUAGUGUUACAAGUCAUUUUCUUGGUGGUGUGAAGGGUCAUGCCAUCUUUUCCAUGAAUGACGACAUUUCAAGCAAUUUCGUUAUCUUCUGGUCGGUUCCAGUGAUUGGCUCUCCCACAUAUGAUAUCUACGGUCUUGAUUUGUCGGAUAAUUAUAACAUUUUUCUCGAAAAUGACCUUGGAACAAAUGAUCCGUCCGAAAAGAGAAAUCGUGACAACGUUCCGAAUCUUGAUGCUCCACCUGAAUACAGAGACACAUCUCCCAGUGUUCCAAUUUUUAAUAAUCCAAAUUUUGACGCUCCUCCGUCAUACUCCAGCAUUCCAAAUCGAGGACCCGGAAACAAGUACUCUAUAACACAUCCUAUUAAAGCUUUCAUCAAAAAUUUAUUGCUUUAG